UUUAGGCCUGUAUUGACCAUACACAUUGCUUUUCAUUUUUCAUCAUUCUGAUAUGCAAAUCAUCAUCCUCAGCGUCGGUGUUGUCCGGAGCUGAGAGGGCGACAGAGAGAGAGUGAGAGAGCGAGAGAGAGAGAGAGAGAGAGAGAGAGAGGGGGAGAUGAGAGGACGCGCAGCAUCAAAUGUCUAGCAGAUUCACGCUCGAUUUUCGCCAUCGCUCUUCUUCUGCGCUUCCUGCUCUUUUCCAUCCCUCCGUCAGCCGGGCUCGUGACAUUUCCCCGGCUCUCGAUGCUGUAAUCCGGGGGAAUAUGUGAAGAUCAUGCUGGCGGUGUGGUGCUUCAUGGUCUUUGCUGCAGUGGGCGAGAGGCUUGCAGUGUCAGGUGUGAACACGAGUCCAAUGCAAGAUGGAGGGCUGUGGAACUGGUUCACCCCAGCAGGGUUGUUGGACGGUGGGGACACUGCACCUGAGAUCAUCUACCCAAAGCGACUGGUGCAGCAGAUCGAGUCGGAGGAGGAAACGGCUCAUGAGCAGUUGGAUACCAGAGUGAAGAACAGCACGGGGGACGAUUUGCCUGUCCACUUGGCACGCAGCUGUUUUCAAGUAGAAGCCUUCGGACACACCUUCACUCUGGACCUGGAGCUCAACCAUCACCUCCUGUCUUCAGAUUAUGUGGAACGGCACUUUAAGAAGGACGGCAGACCCUCUCAGUCAGUGGGAGGGGAGCACUGCUACUACCAGGGAAGGUUACGAGGUUUACCAGAGUCCUGGGCCGCUCUCUCCACUUGCCAUGGCCUGUGCGGCAUGUUCUCUGACGGCUUCUUCUCCUACGGGAUUGAGCCUGUGCACAAUCGGAGCGAUCAGGAUGGUGGUGCUCAUUUAAUCCGCAGGAUGCCUGAUUUUAGGCUUUCCCCUCACUGCCCAGACUGUAGAGAGGACAGUGAGUGGGAGAGCAGAGGAGGUGAUGGUGUUGGUGAUGGUGACGGUGAUGACGACAAACUGGACCAAAUGAGGGAGCAGCAGGAGUCUGGGGGGCUGAAGCGGUCGAAGAGAUUCGUCCGCAAGCCCUCCGUGCAGACUGAGACCAAAUAUAUUGAGUUGAUGGUGGUCAACGACAACGACAUGUUUGUACAGCUGCGUCGCUCCAGCAGCCAAACCAAGAACUUUGCCAAAGCAGUGGUCAACAUGGCAGAUGCGAUCUACAAGGAACAGCUGAACACCAGGAUUGUUCUGGUUGCCAUGGAGACCUGGUCCUCUAAUAACAAGAUGCCGGUAGAGGAGGAUCCAUUGAUAACACUGCAGAACUUCAUGAAGUACAGGAAAGACAACAUCAAAGAGCAGAGUGAUGUUGUCCAUCUUUUCUCAGGACGCACGUUUCACAGCAGCCGGAGUGGGACUGCCUUCACAGGAGGGGUGUGCUCUCUCACCAGGGGAGGAGGGAUCAAUGAGUUUGGGAAUGUCGGUGCAAUGGCCAUCACUUUGUGCCAAAGUCUCGGCCAGAACAUCGGCAUGAGGUGGAACAACGCACGCAACUCUGCAGGAGACUGCAGGUGCCCAGAUGCUUGGCUUGGCUGCAUCAUGGAAGACACAGGAUAUUAUCUGCCCAGAAAGUUUUCUCGCUGCAGUGUGGAUGAGUACACCCAGUUCUUGCUUCAAGGGGGAGGGAGCUGCCUCUUCAACAAGCCCAACAAGCUGUUGGACCCUCCAGAGUGUGGGAAUGGCUUCGUGGAGCCUGGAGAGGAGUGUGAUUGUGGAUCCCAAGUGGAGUGUGCUCGCAGUGGAGGUGCUUGCUGUAAAAAGUGCACACUUACCCAUGAUGCCAUGUGCAGUAAUGGGCUCUGCUGCAGUCUUUGUAAGUAUGAGCGGAGAGGAGUGGUUUGUAGAGAUGCAGUAAAUGACUGUGAUAUCCCAGAGACCUGCACUGGAGACUCCAGCCAGUGCCCUCACAACGUCCACAAACUGGAUGGCUACGUGUGUGACAGCACUCAGGGCCGCUGUUACGGUGGACGGUGCAGGACUCGUGAUGGACAGUGUCGAGGACUCUGGGGUUACAAUUCAGCAGACAGGUUUUGUUAUGAGAAGCUGAAUGCUGAGGGGACGGAGAAAGGCAACUGUGGUCCCGGUCCUGAGGGCCAGGGAUGGCUGCAGUGCAACAAGCCGGAUGUUUUAUGCGGCUUCCUCUUCUGUGCCAAUGUGACGAUGAAGCCAAAAUUUGGAGACCUGCAGGGUGAGGUGACGAGCUUCACCCUCUACCACCAGAACAAAUACUUGGACUGCAGAGGUGGCCACGCUCUGCUGGAGGAUGGCUCAGACCUCGGCUAUGUGGAGGAUGGCACCCCCUGCGGUCCAAACAUGAUGUGUCUGGAACGACGCUGCCUCCCUGUGGCCACAUUCAACCUCAGCUCCUGUUCAGGAUCCACCUUUGGGCGCAUCUGCUCAGACCACGGGAUCUGCAGCAACGAGGUGAAGUGUAUCUGCGACAGGGACUACACAGGGAAGGACUGCAGCGUCUUUGAUCCGAUCCCCGAGCCGACAGUCCCGACAGGCCCAGAGAAGAAAGAUCUGGCGGAGGAUAAGACAUCUGUCUGUCUCUUUGUCCUUGUGUCCUGUCUACUUCUGUCUUCCUCCUCGCACUGUGUUAUUUCCACAUCGGAGAAGAGGGGAACAAAAAAAAAGUCUUCCACUCCUGUCCCACAAUCUCUCCAAACCUGUUCUGAUUGUCGUCUCCUCCAUGCUCCCUGUUUACCCCUUCAGUCUGUCCUCCUGCCUGCACUGUCCUCCUCUGGGCCUGUGGACCGUCCCCAUCAUACCAGCCCAAUCCUUCUCAUGUGGCUGCUGCCAGCAGGCCGCUGAGGAUUGAGUGAGGGCCACACCGGGCCGCAGAGUGAGCAGGUGGCUCUCCCUGAAGGAAGCACCUGAAUCUUACGCCGUUAUGGUGUCUCAGAGAAUGUGCUUCGGUGUCCAUGUUCGUCUGUUCUCACAACUUGGACAGUUUGACAGAACAUAUCAACGGUGGACCAAGUUAAUAUGAGACUCGUCUCUCCAAUGCCUGCCUGCCUGCACUCUAUGACAGUGGCCACCAACUGAGUCCACAGUGAAAUUGUUGGACUAGCACAGAGACUGGCCUUCUAAUUUUAGACAAAAUCAAAAGGAGCCAGGGAGUUUCUUUCCUUUUUGAAGAAGAUGACUGAAGGAACAGUUCCUCCAGGCCUUUAAUCAAGCGGACAACAUUCAAAAAGUUUGGCAACAUGGAAACAACUGAGUGAAACCUUACAUUGGAUUGUUAGCAUGUUUUCCCAAGAGGAAGUUAGGAUGAACUAUUCACACAAAGUGAUGGCUUGAAAUCCGGUCAGCCGUUAGCCAGAGACCAGACUAAUAACUGAAUUUAUGUUCAUUGUUAUUCGUUCUUUCCACUCAAGGCGUCCCACCUGCCCUCCUCCUCCUACACGAGUUUUCAGGUACAAAAAAAGGACAUCAAAAAAAAAAAAGGAAGCUGGGUGAACUGGUUUUGGGAUCAUUUUAAACCACUGAGCUUUGAAGCAGCAGAGACCGUAACUUAGUGUUUUCAACUACUGACUGACAAACAUACAUUCCACGAUCUGUGUCCGUGUGCGUGCUCACUUCUUUCAGGCCCAAACUUUGUAUGUGUAGGAGGUUAAAUCUGUGUGUCUGUCACGAGUGAAUGUAUAAGAGAUUUUUAAAGGACGAAUGUAUGCGUGUUUACAUCAGUGUUAGGGGCUGUUUGGUUUGUGUACACCUUAACACUCCUCCUAUCACAGGUAGAUAGGCAGGUUUUUACCUCUAGAUUAUUGUCUCUUUCUACAAACUGUUGUGCGCUGAAGCCAUGGCACCAUAAAGGCAGCGCGUUAAUAAACAAUUCAACAGUUUUUAUGUGAUAAAAAUGAGCACUAGCCAACUGUAUGCACACCUAUUUGUAAAUAUGUGCAAGAUAUACUGAAUGUUAAAUGCACUGUAUGAAGAUUUAUUUAAAAGCUAUGUUAAAAUAUUGACUUUUAUCUGUUUCAGUGAACAUACAGCUGUCAGUCUGAUGACAGCCUGCAUUUGCAAAUCUCUCUUGUAGUCAACGCUCUCCACGCAUCUUUAAAUGUGGCGUAGCAGCUAAGCUAGCUGCCGGGCAUCUCUCUCUAUCAUUCCAGCUAUCACAGAAAUGUCCGAAAUCUUUUUGUACAUUUGUUGAUAGCCCUGAGCCCUGGCUGAUUGCCUCAGCCUGGAGGUUUUGUGAUGAGCCCCUUCACUCUGUUAUGAGAUUAAGAUCUGGUUUUGGGUCCAGGAGGCAGCUUGUCUGAAACUGUACGCGUGUGUGAGGUCAGUUUGGUUCAUUUGAGCUUUGCACUAUGGCAGAUGCACUACUGUUCUUGUUACAACAUGUACAGAGAUGGUAUCAAAAACAUUCUGUUUGAUUUGGAGUUCUGAGGAAAAAAGAGAAAAUGAGAAGCAUCCUAUCCCAUAUUUUUAGACACUAUCUUUUUGAAUUGAGACAAAAAGAAAGAGAUGAUCUAAGGCUUGUAGAUGAACUGACAUGGAAGGAAUAAAAUACUAAAACAUUCAAUUACA